UGUCAGUCUGUCUGUACUCCAGAAGGGGGAGUAGGUGCGCGAUUGUGAAAAUGGAAAAUCAAUUCAUUGUCAUUUUCCUCCAUGCCAGCGAAAAAUAUAGUGGAUGUUCUUUUGGAAAAAUCAAGAAAAAUAGUGCAUAAUUCGAUCCGUUCGUCGCUUUCGAAAGCAGUCCAUCCAAAGCCGUGUAUGUGCAAAACAUUCAGAUCACGACAUACUCCUAUUUUCGACGUUGUUACAAUAGAUAAGUGAAAAUUUUUACGGUAAAGAAAAUUGGGUGUCAGGAGAAAAAGCAGUUCCUACGGAAGGAAACUUUUUUUUAGUUUUCGCGUGAUCAUAUUGCAGUGGAUUGAAAUGUCGAAAUAGGUUUACUGUGACAGUUUAGUAGCGUCUGUAUUUCAGUUUAUGGAUCAAGGCUGAAGAGAAAUUGGUAAUAGACAAAAGGUCACUGACAACCUACGUAUUCGAUUUGUUAAAUUACCGGAUUGAUUGGUGCAAGUAGUUGUUGGCGAUACUCUUCAUCUGCUUCCGGUGGGAUAUGGAAUCGGCAAAAAUGUCCGAUGUAUAUUCACACAACAAAUGGCCAUUUUUGAGAAACGACUGGAACAAAAGGUCGUUCUAGAUGAUACGGAAACGAUCGCUUGCACUAUUGAAACAGCGCAGAAUAUUGAUGGACAUACGGAAUAUGUACUUAGAGCACAGCGUGGACCGUACCCCGAAAAUAGCUGGCGUAUUCUAAGGCGUUACAAUGACUUCGCUUCGCUUAACAAGUGCUUGCAAAUAUCAGGGAUCGAUUUGUCAUUUCCCGGAAAGAAGUUUAUUGGAAAUAUGCGCCCUGAUUUCAUAGCUGAGAGGUUAAUUGCAUUACAAGAGUUCAUCAAUCAAGUACUAAUGAAUCCCAUAUUGGCAUCAUCUUUACCAACCAAAAAAUUCAUUGACCCGGACAGUUAUUCAACGCCGUUCCAUGAUCUUGCUCUGCAGUAUGCGUCAAUGUGUUUACGGGCGGACGGCGUGUACACGCUGGGUCAAUCCUUGGGGCCGAUAGGAUGGCGGCUGCGCAAGCACUACUUCAAAGUCGUGCACAAACCGCAAGGCAACAAACACUCGCCGGGUCAUUCCAACACCAAACAUCAUCUUAUUAAAUCAAGUUCGCAAUCGCACGGCAAACAGCACACCACACAAGUGUGCGUGACUACGUCAACAGAAAAGGACUAUAACACGAAGGAAAGCGGAAAGGACGAUCUGAUCCUCACAUGGACGGAGUUUGGACCCGACAAGUAUAUCGACGAUAAAGAGAUUCAUAAUGUACUGAAGAACUUUGGAAGCAUUCAACACCCAUACAUUGCGCCGAUUGAGUAUAUCGCAUCAAAUGACAACGGAGCACUGGUAAUUCGCAAGUUUUAUAAGCAAGGUAGCCUGAAGGAUGUUCUGUGUGCGGCAUCCCCUUGCAAUCCGUUCCUUUCGAAGUACGGCAGCCCGAAAGGACGAGCUCCGUUACCUUUGAAGGAGUUAGCGCUUUACGCUCGGCAAAUUCUGGAAGCUAUUCGAUUUUUGCAUUCGAAAGGGAUGGCCUGCGGUCACGUCCACUGUGGCAAUGUGUUGAUUGUUGACGGUAUAGCACGUUUGAUGGAUGUAGAAAAUUUUAUAUUUGGUGUGCCCUCUUUCUAUCGACCGUUUUUUGUGCAACACAGCAAAAUAAACACUUGUGAGGCUAUUGACGUGUAUGGAUUCGGACAUUUAUUGUACGAGAUGUGCAUGGGUUAUCCUCUGCAAGAUUCCUACGCCAGACAAAUUCUGGAUUGUCCAGAUAGCUUGAAAGCACUUUUGGAAUCGAUUCUCUCCAAGGAUGCAUGCAAAUCAGCCUUGCCAACUCUGGAUCAAUUAGCAGCCCAUCCAUUCUUUGGCGAAUAUGCCUCAAGCUUCAACGAUCAGUACGCGAUGGCGAUAGGCAACCAGAAGCCGCAUCUCAAAUUUUCUACCAAUGCCAAAGAACAGCUAAAAAUUGCGGUCCAGAAAACGGAAAAUCGGGUCCGCGAUGAGCAGAAGUCGGUCAAAAAUCAGAAACGUCUAGUCAGGGUGCAGGAGAUGAUGACCUCCGAGGAAGAAAAAAAGAAAAUUAAACACAAAGCGAAACAAGAACAACGCCAGGCUAAACUUCGCGCCCAAAACUCACUGCAGCUUAACAAUGGACCACCGCAGACAGUCACAGUGAGUGCGAGUUCUGGAUCGGCUGGGGCUGUUAUGAUCAAAUCGGACAGUGCCAACAGUAUUAUAUCGCCGCUAGAUGUGACAUUGAUGUCUCCACCGGCGCAAGCAACCACCGAGAGCGGCGGAAGUGGUUCGUCCCCAUUACCGCCACCAUCUGCACCUCCGAUUCCGCCACCAUCGUCUCUGCCGCUGUUUGAUCAGGCCAUUGUGUCUGGCUCCUCUAAUGGUAGGCAAUUGGUCAAGUCAAUUUCCGGUGAUGGUCCCUGCAGCUCUAACCGUAGUGCCCUGUUGGAUUCUAUUUGUAACUUCAACAAAAGUGGUCUCAAAAAGAUCAACAUCAGCGACGAGUGAGUAACAGCAGGAAACUGGGAAUGCCAUUCGUUUUGUGGAAUAUCACUCGAGAUUAGGCGGUAAACGAGUAUAGUGACUAAAAAACAUUUCCAUUAUCGUGCGAUACAAAAUAAUCAUUGUGCAACCCUACUCAAAAAAUUACAACACAAAUAACUAGCAAGCAUUAAACUGAAGAAAGUGUUUUGGACCAAUUUUUUCGUACUCUAUAGAGAAACUUUGAAGAUAACUACAAACAACACGUAGAUAACAGAAACUCAACAGGAAUUAUUUAAUUGAAUAGAAAUGUAAAAAGAGCUAUCGAUUAACCGAACGUUUAACUAGGUGGUAUUUUUUGACUGUUACACUAAUAGUGUUUUAUUAUUGGAAAACAUGGCUGUUUAUUUUUCAUUUCUUAAACCUGUCGUUGGAAUACCACCGCAAAUAUAAAGACUCUAGGGGAAAAUCAAAUUAUUAAAUGCGAAAGGAAACUGGCAAUCUUCAAAAUAUUAAUGGUAAACCAUUAGAAAAUCUGUUCCAGACUUGGACUCGCUGGAAUACGUCUUCUGUAUGUUUAUAGCUUUAAAACAACAUCAAAUAAAUAUCAAUAACAUUAUGGAUUAAGUAAGCAAGAACAACACAUACACACUCAUAAAACCAAGCACAGUUAGGCACACAUUAAAUGGCUAUGCGUAACAAUAUUGAAUUGUUAUUUGUAAUUGUUGUUAUGUGAAAAGAGGAAAGAUAUGAAUCGUUUGCUUUAUAAAAAAAAAUUUGAUAUGAUUGCUGAUUUAGUUUAUUAUCGCAAACAUAAUUUUAUGUAAAAUUAUUUGCGUUAUUGUUUUUAUGAGGAGUUCAAGUUUUUAUCUAUGUUUUGCCAAUGUACCUAGUUAGGUUUCAAGAUGCAUGUAAUUUAUUCUUCGGAAUCUUCUGGAACACAUUUAUUCAAAUUAUAAAUAUGUUGAUCAUUGAGAGCAAUUUCUCCAUUGAUUGAAAUUAAUGUUUAGGCACAAGGUACCAAAACCAGUCAAAAAAGAAACGUUUACACAAAAAUAUGGGAAAAGUAGACUACAUAGAAAGAUUGUAAGUGGGGUGAUUUUUAUUCUAAUCCGCAAAUAAGUUGAGUACACGCAUCAAAUGGCUUGCAGUACACAUUGAAAAUUAAGUCCAGCCUUUCAGAAAAUAAAUUUACAACGAUAUGUUCCUCAUGGAUAGUGGAAUGUGGAUGUGCGAUUACAAUAUUGGUUUUAUUUAGUGUUUGAUAGCACUUUAUGAAAGAUAAAUAUUACUUGCUCAUUUAUAUAUUGCACUAUCUAUAUUUUUCUCCCAAGUUUGUUGCCUCUAUUUCAAAUAUUAGACUCGUUCCUCAUUCGCAAAUUUCUGUGAAUUGCACGUGUUUCCAACAGCAAAACUGUCCGGUAUUUAUUUUAUACCUAGAUCCUAGAUAUUCUGCGAGUAGAAUUCCGAGAAGUGAAUUGAUUUAGGAUAGUCUUGCUUGCGUGAGUCGACCAUGCAAUUCAAAUUCGAGACAAAUUGACGAAUUAUUACCGAACGGCUGUUGAAAAAUCUUUAAAAUUCGACAUAGAUCUGCGAGUAAAUUCCAGUGAGUAGUUUCGAUCUAAACAAGAAAAAAAAUCAUUGGGGAAGUUGCCCUUAAACUAAAGUAAUAUAUCUCAUAAUUUUAGUUUCUAAAUAAGGAAUUAAAAGUGGCAAGUGGAAAUGAUCUUAUGAAUGAAAUAAUAUUAGAAUCGAACUCCUGUACAGCUGCAAUGAAAAUUAGGUACAUGUGCUAUUGAGGAUAUGGGCGACGAAGAAUAGCGAACUACUAACCAAAGCUACAUUCCAAAAUCAUAUGUGCGUUAACGAUGGUCCCUGAAAAUAUUCUAUUACCUACUUAUUGACAACACGGUCAUUAUUUAUGUUGUCCAAUCCAUGUUUAGUGCCAUACGAUGCUUCGUGAAUUUGAAAUCAUCGCCGCGAAGUACAAAAUCCAUUAGGAUCGGUGCAAACAUUUCAUAAAAUAGCUGUUGACAUGUUGCACAGUAAACGAAAAACACUUUUUCGCACCUCAUAUAUUUAUUCCUCGAAUGGAAACUUAUCACUAUCUCUUACUAUUAUUGUGAUUUAUGUGAACAAAUUUGUAUCCUAAUAUAUUGCCCCUUUUAUAAAAAAAAUAUACAAAUUAAACGAUACCAGUGUAAAAUAUUCGAUAGCGUAACAAAUCAACAAGAACAAAAUCUAUUCAUAUUUUUGUGGACUGCGAGUAUUGAGAAUGGGUUAUAACAGCAGACUUUUUGAUAACGGGCUAAAUAUUGAAAAAAAAAAUUAAACUAUGUCUUUGGCAGACUUCUCUCUUCCACUUCUAAAAUUACUACAUAAUUUAAAUCGAACACAAACAACACUAGCUUACGUACGCUACUUGGUAUGUCAAAAUCAUUUAUUAAAUACGCAUAGAAUACAAAUGCAUCUGUGGUAAAAUAAACAAAAAAUAAUACUUUUUAUCAAACAUGUAUUAUCAAAUUAAAUUCCAGAUAUAUCCAACUUUUUAAACACACAUAAAACAAUAGCUAAACGGUCAGUCCACUAAGAAACAAAAAUUAAUGUAGGUUUUUAUACACGGUAUUACCAAUACAACAUCAUGGAAAUGUGUUGCAUCUAAAUAAUCAAAACAAAAUACACAUGUUCUUAGACACAUCGAUCGAAUGUAUUUAUUCGAAAUAACAUUAAAUUACAUCAAAGCCCGAACCGAAAUCCAAUCCGCCGUUCAAAUUUUUUUCCGGUUACAUUCGUUUGGGAACAACAAUAAGCUAACAAAGACGUAAUUUUAGUCAGACGUCCUCCAAGCCACGAAGAUAAUGGAAUUAAAAACAACACACACAUUAUAUUGCAGAACAAAUCAAAAUUAUUAUGACACAAAUCUACAGAACAAAGAAAUAAAUUACAAGAAAGAAGUGCAUUUGUCACUGUGGAUAGUGA